AUGGCAGACUUUAAAGUAGGAGAUCUAGUAUGGGCCAAGAUGCGCGGCUUUCCUCACUGGCCAGCUCAGGUAUGUUGUCUCUUGCUUUACUUCAUGUGUUUAGAUAUCGAAAAUUCCGAAUCAACACAAUGGAAAGUAUUCAGUCUUCUUUUUCGGUACUCAUGAAUCUGCUUUUGUGAAAGUAGCAGAUUUAUUUGAUUAUUACGAGAACUUGAGUACUUAUGGCAUUUCACGGAAACUGAAUGGCUUCCAGAAGGCGAUGGACGAAAUAAAAGAAGCGGCGAAGAAGAAGAGCAAGAAGGUUCAGAAGAAGGAAAAUGUUAACUCGGCUCCACGACAGCAGAGGAAUCGGAUUCCGAACAGAUUGAUAUCCAACGAGGACUUUGUGGUACCUCAGCCGAAAAAGAUAAAGGGAGAAGGGAAGUCGGAUAAGUUAGAGAGUAACUCAGCCAGUAUCAACAACUCUCCCAGGAAGAGGACAGACAGUGCUAGUUCUACAGAGAGGUCUAGGAAACGGAUCAGUUAUUCAGAGCGAUUUGGCGUUGAUUUGUCUGACAUUGAAUCCACAUACCCAAAUGUAAGUUUAGACUAACAUGAUUGUUUUAUUGCUGUACAUUUUACUGUUUUAAAAGUUUUAAUUUAAACAGUUUGUCUAAACUUAUGCAUGAAGUACAGGGGGUAUAUAUUUAUUAAAUUUUAAUUUUUAGGUACGAAAUAACUUUUUUGCUGGCAUGCCAAUGUUUGAAGGGCUGGAAAGUGAACAAUCGGAAGACGAGAUAGCCAAAUUGUUUGGCGGAAGAAAAAGAAGAAGGACAAGAUCAAAGUUAUUUGAUGAUUACUGUUUGCCUGGUAUCGGAAAGUCUCCUAGGGAUCGAUCUGGCUCUUUCUCUUCAACUAACGGUCGAACUAGGUAAUGUUCUGGAUAAACACUUUAGAUGUUUUAUAGGUUGAUGUCAAAUUACAUUGGGCAAAUCAUGAGUCAUUUAAUUAUUUUGAUGGUUUAGGUUGAUUAGUGGUUUCUCUGACACAUUUGACGACAUUGAGUUUAAUCCAAAUGUUUUAUUUAAUGCCAUCGAUGACCUGCCAAGUGAAGAAUCUGACCGUGCCAUUACACCAGAAGCUCCCACCGCAAUGCCAUUACAAGAAAAGAAAUGUUAUUCAUGUGGCUGUCUAUGUGAAGUUUGGAAAAGGAAGUACAAGUGAGUUUAGCAAGUUUUAAUAUUUUGGGUAACAGUUCAAACGAUUUUGACGUUUUAGGUAAAAAAUUAUGAAGUUUGUAUAAAUUACUUUACUUUUUAUAUAGAACGUAAAUUUGUUUUAAGAUGUACGAAUCGAGACUGUAAUCGAUGGAAUGGUGUAGUAGAAGCUCCUUCAAUGAAGCCGGCUUCGAUCCAUCCGUUGGCCUUCAAUUGGGACAAAAGCUACCUGGAUGACAUUCCAAUGUCAGACUCGUCUGACAAGGAGUUGAAGAAGCCUAAUUUGUCGUUGGACCCAACUCUGGGCACAGAGAUGGCAGUAGAUCAGAUCUCCAAGAUCAAGCAAGAGUUGAUGACCGAGAUCGAGGAAAGUGUCUCAGCUGCUCCAACUCCAAUCCCCGAGCCAAGUCCAGUGGACAGGUCAGAUGCUUUGUUGAGUAGUGCUAUGUCCAGUACCAUGUUCGAGUUCAAUGAACCACUACCACCACAAAGAGAGCCUCCGAAAGAUAUAUCCAGCAUAAUAACACAACAACAAAAAACACGAAUCCAGAAUCAGGAGACUUCUGGAAUUCGAAUGGAACAGUACGAACCCCACAAGAGGAUGAUCCGACCAGGAAACAGGAGCAGGGCGUAAGUUUCUAUACCUUUGACAAUUUAACGUUUUCAAUGUCACAAAUUUGUUUUUAAUUAUGUAAACAUUGAUAUGACCAACUUAUCGUUUUACAAUAUUCUUGAAGUAAGUUUUGAGAUUUAGUUACCAUUACACGCAUUUUUCAAAACGUAACUUUUAGAAAGGUAGAAAAGACUCCGCCAGUGUCGAGCAAUGGAGUACGGUACUGUUACUUUUGUCCAGGACAAGUACGACCUCAGAUGUGUGGUGGUAACAAGCAUAGAUGGAGAUGUGUAGAUAAAAAGUGUAGGAAGUGGUAUGGCUGGGUCAAGAGCAGCGACGAGAUUCCCCGGGACUUGGGAAAGAAAGGCCGAUGGAAGGAUUUGGUGAUUCGGGUACAGAGCUCUCAAAAUGAAUUCGAAGAUCGUCUGGCUAGCGACAUGAUUCAGAAGAAUGGUGAUCAGGUUAGUGUUGAAGUUAUGGAAAAAGUUUAGAAUAAACAUUGUAAACGUUAUUGUCGAUCUUAUAUUGAAAUGAGUAACUUAUAGGAUUCAUAUGGACCCGACGAAGAGCGAGGUCGUGUGAAACGAAGAUACCGCAGAUGUAAACCUCAACCAUGGAGGGACAUAUCGCCGUUGACUGUCAAGGAGUCUUACUAUGAGCCAUCCUGCAUGGAGCAGCGACCGCGAUGGUGGAUUCAGGAACGAAAGAAGGCUGACUUUUCUCCAGAACGAGAGUUCGGAGUGGAUGUUCUGGAUGCUGCUGCAUCGUUCAGACUAAUUGCUAACUCAAUGUUAACUGCGGCCAAUACAAAAACAGACGAAUAUGGUUCUGUAAAUGGUAAGUUGUUGCCUUGAGAAAUGAAACUAUCUACUUGUACUAUUUAUGUAGUUGUUUAUUGUAUAGCUUGUAAUAACAUGGUAUGAAAAAAUGCAAAUUGUAACUUUAUAGUUACUAUAUUUUAGGUGCCUUAGACCUGUUGAUGGACUCGUUGAUGUCGUCGCUCGGCCCUCUAAUGACUAUAGCCAAACAAAUACCAGGCAUCAAUUUGCCUGACGACACUGUACAAAAAGUUUGGAAUGCGACGUCGCUCCACACACCGAUGUUUUAG